AAUGCAGUCUACCCUUACUAUUCUGGUUGCAUUGGUGUGCGUAGCGAUGGCCCAAGUGUCGGUCCCUCCGGGUUACAAAGAAAGGUAUCCUAACACGUGGGCCAAAAUGGCCCGUCACGCAAGAGACGUCACGUGGGACAAAUCAGUCGGCGACGGCAAGGUCUUUGGAACAUUGGGCUCUACCGACCAGGGACUAUUCGGCAAGGCAGGCUACAAAGAGACCAUCUUCAACGACGCGCGGGGCAAGUUGGACGCGCAAGCUUACGGCAGCCGCGUGCUAGGCCCCGCCGGGGACUCCAGCCACUUCGGGGGCAAGCUCGACUGGGCCAAUGACAACGCUAAAGCUGCCUUGGACAUCAGCAAGCAGAUUCAUGGAAAAACCACGGUGGACGCAAGCGGUGCGGGAGUCUGGAACCUGGAUAAGAACACACAGUUUUCAGCCGGUGGCGGCGUGUCACACACCGGCAGUGGCAGGCCCGACGUCAACGUCAAAGCAGAGAUAGAACACAAGUUUUAA